AUGAGACCAGUCGUCAAUAAAACGGUUGACUAUCAGGGGCAUAACUGUCAGUGCAGAGAAGAUAUAUUCGAAAGGGAUUCAGGGAAGAAAGGGAUCCUCCAACUGAUUUCUCAGCACGGAGUUAAUAAACUUGUCAUGGGAGCAGCAGCUGGUAGAUACUAUUCGAUGAGAAUGAGAGAUUUACAGUCCAAGAAAGCUAUUUACAUUCGCAGAGAAGCGCCUUAUACUUGUCAUAUAUGGUUUACAUGCAACGGCUACUUAAUUUGUUCAAGGGAAGCUAUAAGAAGAGAUAACUUGUAUCUAGAAUGUGCAUCAUCCAAUUCUUUGAGCCAAUCCGAGAUACGUAAAGUAAGUGAAAGUAUUCCAAGCUCGAGUUUGGUGAAAGAUGAUGAUGAUCGGAUCAAACUUGCUGUCACGGAAUCUGAUCAUUCGAGAAGGGAAGCAAGUUUUGAGGCGUCUAAGCGUGAAGAAUCUGAAAAAUCUGCAGUUGAUGCAAUCAAAAGGGCUAAACAAUGGGAAAAUGUGUAUAUCGAUGACUUGAAAUGUCGGAAGGAAACAGAGAAGGCACUGAGAAAAGCAAAAGAAGAACUUGAAAAGAUGAGAUCAGAAUCCGAGACCUGAAUAACCGAAUCUAACAUGGUGAUAAGAAAGCUUCAAGACAAGUAUAGCUUAUCAAUGGAAGCAUUGAGAAGACUUAGAGAAGAACAAGAAGAUUUGAAUAAGAUAGAGCUUAGAGAAGUAUCAAAGCUGAAGAGUAACCGUAAGAACCAAGAACCGCCUCAGUACUUCAUAUGCCCCAUUACACAAGAUGUGAUCGAGGAUCCACAUGUAGCCGCAGAUGGUUUUACAUAUGAAGGAGAAGCCAUUAGCGAUUGGUUUGAGAGAGGACUCGAGACUUCUCCAAUGACAAACAAAAGACUUUCUCACACGAGCUUGGUUCCAAAUCUUGCUCUUCGAUCUGCAAUCCAAGAACGGUUUCAAGCUUCAACCUCCGGAAUCAUUGAACCAGAUCUUCUGCUUGUUGAUGAUUUAACCAUAGGAGCUUUAAGUCCUAAUAGUGGUUAA